AUGGAAAACCAAAAGGGAAAGAUAAAUCCGAGGUUAAACGACGAAUGUGUGCGAUGUGUUACCAAGUUCUAUCUACAACACGAAAUACGAGGACGGCCUCUAAUCUACGUCCGCUUGCUAGGCCAGAGGUUUUAUCGGUGCUUCUGGGAGGGUGGAUAUUAUGUGAUGUGGAUCAGUACAAUGUUCCGACUUAAGCACGACAAACAUAGUUUCCACAGGCCGGUUCAAAUAAUGCAAAAUGAGGUGAAGUUAUUGUUGGAGAAAGGAUGGCUGCAGGCCCUCGAACUACAUGGGGUGUAUGAUAUUUCGGAUUCCAUGGAGGCACUAAAACUUUGGCUUAAUGGGUUGGAAGUGAAUGGCUCGCUUGCUCUUAUUCUGUCAGGACAUUUUUACUUUUUCUACACUAUUCUUAAGGACGAAAUAAUUGCUAAGAAGUGGAAACUAGGCUACGUCAAAAUGAAGUUUGAUGCGUUAUCCGGACAGAUCAUAAUGAUGGACCAUUAUUUGAAUUUUUAUCCGUACGCAUUUCAAAUGUGCCAAACGUUGAGCGUUGCCGAGUUACGUCUUUCAUUUACAAGUAAGACGAACACUUUUGGUUUGUUUACUGUAAUAUCUUACGUAUUGUUAGACACACGCUUCGAAUUGCUUCAAAAAACGAUAACAGAUGCAAAAACAAGGACAGUUUUUAUGGAGAUGAAAUGCGGGAGUACUUUUUUUGAUCUAGAAAAGUAUAUUACCCAGCCUAAUGACAACCAAAGCAUUGAAGAGUUCAUUCUGGACUUGAGAGGCUAUCAAGGAAGUUGUAAUACCUUUAUUAGGUAUGCGAUAGAAUCCCUGAAAGCUGCAACAUUAUUAACUUUGAUCCGCACAGAAAGAACUCAAAGGGAUAAGAAGAAACAAAGGAUUGCAUUGGAAUAUAAUUACUCGGAAUUGUAUCCUAAUAUCAAGUUUAUAUUUAUCACAGUUGUUGCAAAGGACCUGGUAGGUGUUUACGGUUAGAAGUUAUUAAAUAUGACUCAUAAUGGCCCAAUUUAAAAGAGUUGUUUUUUACAUUACCACAACCCCCGUAUACGGUAAUUUUCGAAACUAAAAAAUCGUGCUGAUGUUUAGCUAUUAUAGUACAACAACUAUGCAAAAUAUCUAAAGAUUCUGAGUUGGUCGUUUUCUGGAAAUGUCCGGGCCAUCCUUCAAGUUGCAAAAAACUAUUUUUUUAAAUGAUUCUAAUUCAGACCGACCCUCGAGAUCCACUUGAUCUGCCGUUAAGACAAAGAGAACGAUAUCUUAUUCGGCAAUGUCUCUCAUUUCCUAUCCAAUUCCAAUUUGUUCACAUGACCUCCAAUUCUAUUCAGCUUACAAUGAAUCUCGACUAA